AUGCUCGGCUGGUUGCGUCCGUGUGCCCGUGCUGCAGCGGUUGCGCGCGCAGUGCCGUGUCUGCGGUCCCUAGCGCGUAGUCCGUCGUGUCUGCUUGCUGUACGUGGCUUUGCGGCGGCCGAGUCCAAGUGGGGCCUCACAAACGAUCGCAUUACUGCGCGCGUUGUUACGAUCAUCGACGACGACGGGUCGCAGCGCACGGACGUUCCUCUGCGCCAGGCACUGGAAGACGCCCAGAGCCAGGGCGUUGACCUCGUGCAGGUGUCAGCUGUGGGCAAGUUCCCAGCAGUGUGCCGACUGUUUGACGCGAAGAAGCGGCUGUAUGAGCUCAAGAAGGCCAACAAGAAGGCGGUCAAGCAGCAAAAGCCCAGGCCAGACAAGGAGGUCGUCAUUGGUGCCAAGAUUGCCCCAAAUGACUUGACGAUGAAGGUCGAGCAGCUCAAGCGGUUCUUGAACAAGGGCCACAAGGUCAAGGUCACGAUCAAGUUUGGGCAAGCGUAUCACUUGAAGGACCAGACGCUCGAGCAGCUGAAACAGAUUGAACGCCGUCUUGAUGCUGAGACGGGCGUGUCGCUUGGUCCACCGAGAGAGCAGUUUGGCGCUGUGUACGUGCUCUACGCGCCAGCCAUUUAG